AAUUUUUUAUUAUACUUUUUAGGAAAAUAUAAUAUUCUAUUGAAAGUACUUCACAAAAAUGGGGCAAUCUAUUGGUCAGCAUAUUAAAAAUGCGAUACCAUAUCACUUGAAAAACCAUUUUCAAAAAAUACAUGUGGAAAUUAAAAGGGAUCUUACUGUUGUGAAGAAAGAGUUCUUUUUGGUAAAAGAUGUUGCAUUAAUUGAUUACAGCUCACUUAGAAAUACAAUAGCUGGUUUAAAUACAAUGUUAAAGUCGUGCUGUUCUAAAAACACUGAAAGAGUGCUAUUUGGUCUGCGAUCAAUGGAAGAUGAGGGUGUGUUUUGGAAAGCUUUAGUUAAAAUUGUGUGUUUCAAGGUGAACCUUCGUGAUAAAAGUGUUACGAUUACACGUUAUAUGAACAUUCACCAGUUUUGGAGGCUGAGAAGUGAACUAUUAAGAGAAAUUUAUUACAAAGAACUUUUGGACCAAAAUAAUGAUGGUUUUGAAAUUGUACAGCAUCCACCACGGCAUGAUGAAGACGAGGCUGAAAAUGAAGAAGAUAUUACAUCACCAUUGAAUGUUCCUGUACAACUUUCAGUAUCUACGAUAUUAGAAAGAGUAAACCAAGUUGGCAAUAGUAUCGAACAAGACGAGUGUUUGAUUUGUAUGGACAGUAAAGUGGAAGUAUCGUUGCCGUGCGCACAUAGUUACUGUGCGAAAUGCAUCAGUCAGUGGAACAUUGAAAGUCCUACAUGCCCAACAUGUCGUGAACAAAUUAAAACGGCUGAUGAGUUUUGGGAGAUUGCUGACAUGCCCAACGUGGAUCAGAUGAACAAACACUUGUUAGAAAUAGCUACAGGUACAUAGAGACGUUACAGGGUAUUAUUUUGAUAAAAAAUAGAAAGUAUUUUUGCUAGUUUUCGGCGACCUUAACAUCUAGAAAGAAAACGGUAAUGCCAGGUAAGUGUGAUCAUACGGUUAGUGUGAACAUACUUGCUGGUGUACUUAUAGACUAUCCUCGACGGAAAUGACACAUAUUUAUUGUGUUAUAAAUUUUUUUAUAAAAAUAUUUAUACAGUGCAGCAUAUAUAUUUAGCUGUGUGCAUUUUUUUUACGCAUAAAUAUAUUUCUAUCAACCUUAUCUCCAGUCAACAUCAAAAUUUUUCAAAACAAACAGAACUUCUUCAAUAUUCACUGUUCCUUUAUAAAGCUCAUGUCGUAGAUUGUCAGAAAGGGAGAAAAAAGAUUUCGGGAUGAGGUUGGGCGAGGCUUGAAACAAACAUUAUUGUGCUACCCUACCUUACGGAAGAAAAUAAGUGCGUAAGAAUAGAAUGUGGAGUUAAUGCCUCAUAUUUGGAAUUUUUAAAUACUCUUUCUUAAAGCAAAAAACAGGCAUUCACAAUCCUUAAUUUCGCAUUUCGCCCUAUUUUUAAAACAUUCAGUGAUUUUUAUAAUAAUGAUCUAUGGGAAGGUUCUAAUAUUUCUGGACGACAUUCUCUUUGUUUUUUUUAUUUCUCUCUGUCCCUCUGGCUUUUUCUCUGUCUCUUUUUCACUCUUCCUUCCCCUUCCUUCCUUCCUUCCUUUUGUUCCGUAAGAUAUUUCGCCAAUCUUUAAUUUCACAAUUUUAAUAAAAUUGAGGCAUUGGCAAUGUUUUAUUCCGCGUUUUGCACAAUUCUGCAAAUAUUUUCUUCCAUUAGGUAGUAAAAAAUGCUUGCAAAAAACCGUUUGUUACAGUAUAAAUACACAUAGCCUUUUUCACAAAUACCAGCAAUUUCUUUGAUACUUCACGAAGAUUUCCGCAGAUGCUCGAUCAGAAGUAUGCUUUUUUUUCGGCAUAUUGACAAGGAUUGAAUUUUAUUAUUUUUGUUAUGUUUAGCAUAAUUUUCUACACAUUGUUUUAUGCUUGUAUCAAUUUUAAUUUGUUAAUGUUAUCUAAGUUUACAAUAGAAUAUAUCUAUAUCGGCCUAAA